CUUUCUUGAUAGUAAGUAAAAUGUUUCUCUAAAGCUUACUAAAUAGUUUAUUUUCGCAUUUGUUUUCCCCUACUACCAAACCGGUGUUCAUCGUCUUUCAUCUCAGUCUACCUCACGCGUGAGAUUGUUUGACCUCAUUGUUUGUAACUGAAUAUAUUGGGACAAGUUCUUUGUGUUUCCCUCCAAAUAUUUCAAGAUGCCGCUUCUUCGGCGACAGCCAUUUCACAGAAUCAAACCACCACCCGACCUAAGUCCAGAUGAAGAAGUGUUUCACUGUAAAUUAACAAAUGAGAUAUUCCGAGAUUAUGAAGAUUUUUUCGAGAGAGUAAUUUUAUGUAACAGUCUAGUAUGGUCUUGUUCAAUUACUGGGAGAGCAGGCUUUACAUAUCAAGAAGCCUUGGAAUGUGAAGAGAAAGCUCUCAAGAAUCUUGCCACUUUCCCCAGUUACCUUCAGAGGCCUAUCUUAUUCCUGGCCAGCCUGACCCACAGAAGUCGCCUCAAUGACAUGAACGAUGACAUCUUUGUCUUUACUAAAGACAGAUACUUCAUUGAUGAGAUGGUUGAGGUGAUGCUUGGCAAUGAGAGGAAAACCUGCAAAGUGCUAAGAGUGGUUCCCCCUGCAGCCUCAGUACCAGAAGUGAAUGGUUGCAUUAUAAUUGACUCAGAUGAAGAAGAAUCAAGUGCCAAGUCUAAAGCAGUGACCCUGAAGGCUGAUCAGUACAAGUAUGUGGUGCAGGAGAAAGGAAAAACAAAUAUAACUAUAACAGUGCCAGCUAAACAUGUCAGUCGUAAAAAAGGAGUGUACACAAGAGACAAGAGUAAGCUGUAUUUGAAACAGUUCUGUGAGUCAGUGCAGGGAAUAUGGAGAGUAAAGGAGUCAGCAAUAAAGAAGAAAGGCCUGAAGGACUGUUCCUUCUCGGACUUUUUUGCCGGUCCUCCUCCUGCAUUUGGUUAUUCUGAGAGCAAGAGGAAAUCAGCGGGGCGUAGGGAGGAAGACAGCGUUAACAGUUCCGAUGUAUCGGGACUUAUCUCCUCAAAAUCCCCAAAGAAAAAGAGGGAGGACAAAAGGAAAGACAAAGAAAGAGUUGAAAAAGUUGAUCUAUCCUCAGUCCCUCCCAAGCCUGAAGAACCAGAGAUGCCUCGACUGACAAACGAGGAGAAGGCGGCCAUCAAAGAACAAUUCAAACAGCAGAAACUGGCGGAGAAAAUGGCGCUGAAGGAGGAGAUAAAAAAGAAACGACAGGAGGAGAUGCAGAAAAGGAGGGAAGAAAAGGCUCAGGAGAAGGCUAAAUUGAUGGAGGAGAGGAGGAUUCAGGCCGAGAUUUACAAGGAGUGGAGUCGUCAGCGAGAUGAUCUCGAGUGUGAUGAUCUCAAGCCCCUGCCUGAGUUGAAGGUUGUGCAGACUCAUAUCCAGAGUGGUUGUUUUGGAGAUGCUUUGAUGGUUAUAGAAUUCAUCAACUGUUUCAAGUCUCUGUUUGAUCUAAGGGAAUACUUCCCUAAAGGAUUCACCUAUGAGAUUCUAGAGAAAGCUUUACUGGAGACAGAUCAUAAUGGCCUCAUGACGGAUAUUCUGCUGAUGAUGAUGUCGGCCAUCUUCACUCUACAGGAAGAGGAAGAGGCUGAAGAAGAGGAACUGUCAAAGGAAGAUAAGGCUAAUCAAGUGACAGGAAUGGAAGAUAUGGAUGAUACAAUGGAUAUGGAAAACAUGAUGGACACAGCUACAAUGUGUGCCCAGAUCCCACAACUAACACAUGGUACACUAUUGAGGAAGCUACCUCUCGACUCUUUCACCUUGUCUGAGAUAGUCCGACUUCACAUCCUGGCAUCUGGAGCUAAAGUCAGCGAUAAAAAUGUCAAGUACCGCUACCAGCAGCGAGGGGGAUACACAUCACUGGACGACCCUGGUCUGCAGUUCAGGAAACAGGAACCGACUCUAAUGAAACUUCUAGCAACAGAGAGCGUGUUUGACUUGCAACCAAGUGAUAAGCUGAAAAUCCUGAAUCUGUUGGUCCAGCAGUUUUUAACAUACGCUGCUACUAGGGACACAAUAGAGGAUAAUUAUGAUAAGCUGAGACAGCUCAAGUAUGACCUCCGACAUCUACAGUGGGCGGAGCAAAGGAGAGAGAAGGAGGAGCUGGCCAUGAGGUACAAGAGAAGAAUGGAGGAGAAGCAGAGGGAGAGGGAGAAAGCUGAACAGAGGAGACAGAAACAUCUGAGGGAGCUAGAGGAAAGGAUGAAAAGGGAAGAGGCAGGGGAGACUGUUGAUGAUGAUGUGAAGAUCAUGGAAGAAGAGGAAGAAGAUGAUGAUGAUGUUGCCAUGACAGAAGAAGAGAAGGAAGCCCAGAGACAAAGAGAGGAGGAGGAGGAUGCCAACAAGAAGGCAGAGUUUGCUCUACAGGAGAGACAGAUGAUUGACAAGGUCCUCAACUUCCAGCACUCCUGCACCCUGGCCCCCAUAGGGAGGGACAGAAUGUUCAGGAGGUACUGGGUGUUCCAGUCUAUACCAGGACUUUUUGUGGAGGAUCAGGAGGAGUUUGUGGAUGAGAGAGGAUGGGAGAUCGCACCACAGAAACUCACAGUAUCGAUCGUAAAACCACCUCAGAUGUCCAAAUCAGAAAAAACGGAGGAACACAGUAAUGGGAGUGAUAAAGAGAACGAGUCGUUUAAUACGUCCACUGCCAACAACAGUAUUAACACCAGUCAAAACCUCUCAACAGCAAAUCCUAACGACACAGCUAAUCCAAGUGAUUUACCUCAAAAUACUCGGGACAAAAAGAGUGAUGAUGAUGCAAUUACAAUAAGUGAUGAUGAAAACUCAAAGCCGGCCUCUGUGAAAGAGGACACUGAUGAAAACGAGGCAGUGACACAAAUUAAAAAACGCAAGAAAAAUACUUGGAUGUUCUUAACAAGUAUUGAACAAUUUCAUGACUUAAUUAACUCUCUCAAUGAGAGAGGAUUUAGGGAAAGUGCUUUGAAGACAGCUUUGUUAGAGAGGAAGAAUGUGAUUCUGGAGAAUAUAGAAGAUUGUCCCUCGGACAUCCUCUGUCAGUCUGUCACUGCUAGCCUUUCUAGGGAGGAGACCAGGUCAGAAUCUCCCUCAGAGUUAACAUUUAAAUCGACAAGGUCUGGACCAAAGAGGACAUCCAAGGGUUUAAUUAAAAAUAACAGUGCUCAGGAGAUACUCGAGAUAAACCUACGGGAGCUGCUGAUUGACUUAGAGGAAAGAAUCCAUGUCGGAGGUUUGGGGAAAAUAAAGGUAAAUGAUAGACAGGCCUGGAGGAGUGCUAUAGAGAAGGGAAGUUAUGACCCGCAGACUGACGAUCCUGUGUUUCAGAGGCAUGACAUCAGCUUCAAUGAAGGUGAUGAUGAUGAUAAGUCGAUCUCCUCUGAAGAAACGCGGGAGUCGGUGGUUAAAGAUCUCUCUAAGGCACUCCUACAGAUCGCCAUGGGUGUAGAACACAAAUACAUGGGGCCCCCACUAGGAGUCACUGAUGUAAAAUCAAAGGCUGGCAUUAAGAAGAAGGAUGGUAAAAAAUCAGAGGACGGGGGCUCUGAUGAUGAGGACAGCAAACAAGAGGAGAGUGUCCCUGAGAAGACGACGAUGGAGCGCUGGGAAGACUCGGUGUUGUUCUGUUCUAGUCUGGCUCAGGUCUUCCUACAUCUCUCCACACUGGAGAAGAGCAUCAUCUGGCAGAAGUCGGCUCUGCACGCUCGCUGCAGGAUCUGUCGACGGAAAGGCGACGCUGAACAAAUGCUGCUUUGUGAUAAGUGUGACCGAGGACAUCACAUGUACUGUCUGAAACCCAGGCUUAAGCAUGUUCCCAAGGGUGACUGGUUUUGUCCAGAUUGUAAACCUAAGGAGACCAAGAGAAGCCCCCUCAAACAGAGGAGGAGGACAUUUACAGAGAAUGAGUCUGAGGACGAGGACGACAUCGAGGAGGACGAGGAGGAGGACAGUGAUGAGGAGAUGAUGGAGGAGUCAGACGAAGAAGACGAGGAAAAUGACAAUGUUUGUGCCGUGUGUAGCACGGGGGGAAUGCUAGUCUGUUGUGACACCUGUCCCCUCGUCUACCACCUGGACUGUGCCAUCCCCCCACUUAAAAAGGUUCCCCGCGGGAAGUGGCAGUGUCAACUCUGUACUGGGAUCACCACCACAGGGAAGAUAAAACUGCCCAAAGCUAAAGCUGGUAAAAAGAAAUCCCAUAUAAAGAGUACACCAAAUUCUAGUAAAGCCUCUUCAAGGAAGGGAAGUCCGCGAGACAGUCCACUCACGGUCAAACAGGGGAAGAAACGAGACUGGGAGGACAUGGAUGAUGAUCUCACUCCAAAAUCACGGGGCAAGGGACGACCCAAGUCUAAACUGUCAGAUGUUAAUGGAGAGGAGAUAAAACAGUAUGUCAGCAGUUCCCGUGGCAACAGCAAAGUUCAAAGUUUAAAGGUUGUGCAGGAUAUCAUCAAUGACUUAGUGAAACACGAGGACAGUUGGCCAUUCCUGAAACCUGUCAGCAAGAAAUUAGUUCCCGAUUACUAUGACAUCAUUGCCAUUCCUAUGGAUUUCUCUACGAUUCGUAACAAACUGAACAACUAUGAAUACGUUGAAGUCUCUGAACUGAUAAGUGAUGUCAGACAAAUCUUCUCCAACUGUUUUGAGUACAAUAGGAAAUCCACAACGGAACACAAGGCCGGGGCAACGCUGUCCAAGAUGUUUGAAAAGAGAAUUAAGGAGGCUCACCUAGAGAAAGACUCGCCCGAACCCCCACCAAGUAAACGUCAACGUAAACAUUAAUUAGGAUAUCGUUAUCUUGUCUUAAUAUUUGACAUU